UGUGAGAUAUGAAAGUGAAACCAUCUUAUCAGGAUCCAUUUUGUGUUGUACGUAAACGACAUUCAGAGAGUAAACACAGUCAUUACUGUGUUGAGACAGAGAGAGAUUUCUGAGAUGAUAAAAAACUCACUGUGUGCUUCAGUAUCUGCAUCUGAUUUUAGAUAUAAGCAUGAACUUCACAAUGAAUCUCUCUGAAGAACACACAGACACAAAAACAAGUCAGUCAGUUUUACCUGAUCACAGUAAUGUGUCUCUGAUGAAAAGACAAACAAUAAAUCCUAAACAUGAGGAAAACUCUUCUGCUGAGCUCAGUUUGUGUCAGAAAGAAUCGUCUGAACCCAGCUGUGUGUCCAUGCAGAGUGACUGGUCAAUGCCUCAUCCAAUAAAUUUCAGUUUGAGAGACUCUUCUGCUGAUCUGAGUAAAAAAAGAGAUCAAACUGAAUCACAGAUUAAAAAGGAGAACCUGGACUCUAUUUUUAAGGAAGUUGAGCAGAAAAUCGUCUCUGUAAUGAAGAAUGAGUUGAACAGUUUUAAGAGACUGUUGAGUCCAGAUUACCCAGAAUGCACUGAGAGAGAGGAGGAUGAUGAUAAAAGUCAUAUCAGAGUCAGAGAGGCGUUUCUGAAGAUCACACUGCACAUCCUGAGGAAGAUGAAGCAGAAAAACCUUGCAAACACAUUACAGACCAAACUGAUGCCUGUGUAUCAACAAAAACACAAAUCCAGACUAAAGGAGAAAUAUCUGAGAGUUAAUGAAGGGAUCUUCAGACACGGUGACUCAACAGAUUUAAAUGAGAUCUACACAGAGCUUUACAUCACAGAGGGAGGGAGUGGAGAGAUCAAUAAUGAACAUGAGGUGAGACAGAUUGAGACAUCGUCCAGAAGAUCAGAGACACAGGAGAGACAAAUCAAAUGUAAUAACAUCUUUAAAGCUUUACCUGGACAAAACAAACACAUCAGAAGUGUGCUGACUAAAGGAGUCGCUGGAAUUGGAAAAACCGUCUCUGUACAGAAGUUCAUUCUGGACUGGACUGAAGGAAAAGAAAAUCAGGACGUUCACUUCAUAUUUCCACUUCCUUUCAGAGAGCUGAAUUUGAUCAAGAAGAAUCUGAGUCUUAUGGAUCUUGUCAAUCACUUUUACAUUGAAACCAAAAAACUGACAUCAACAGAUUAUGAUGACUAUAAAGUCAUGUUUAUAUUUGAUGGGCUGGAUGAAUGUCGACUACAUCUAAAUUUUCACAACAAUCCGAGUUUAUCUGAUGUAACAGAAUCGGCUUCAGUUGAUGUGCUGCUGACAAACCUCAUCAAAGGAAAUCUGCUUCCUUCUGCUCUGAUCUGGAUAACCUCACGACCAGCAGCAGCCAAUCAGAUUCCUCCUGAAUGUGUUGAUCAAAUCACAGAGGUACGAGGAUUCAAUGACCCUCAGAAAGAAGAAUAUUUCAGGAAGAGAAUAAAUGAUCAGAGUCUGUCUGAUAAAAUCAUCACACACAUCCGAUCAUCAAGAAGUUUGUACAUCAUGUGUCACAUCCCAGUCUUCUGUUGGAUUACAGCCACUGUUCUAGAGAGAAUGUUGAGUGAAGCAGAGACUGAAGAGAUCCCCAAGACUCUUACACAAAUGUUCACACACUUCCUGAUCUUUCAGACCAAACUGAAGACCCAAAAGUAUGAUGGGAAAUAUGAAAUAAAUCCUGAUCAAGCUAGAAAGAGCAUUUUCUCAUUAGGAAAGUUGGCUUAUGAGCAGCUGGAGAAAGGGAAUCUGAUCUUCUAUGAGGAGGAUCUGAGAGAUUGUGGCAUUGAUGUGAAUGAAGUGUCCGUGUAUUCAGGAGUUUGUACUCAGAUCUUCAGAGAGGAGCCUGGACUUCAUCUGGGGAAAGUGUUCAGCUUUAUACAUCUGAGCAUUCAGGAGUUUCUAGCUGCUUUAUUUAAGAUGAUUUCAUUUUCUGAACAAAAGACAGGACUUAGUAAUGUGUUCAGGUCAACUAUGACUGAAUUACUGAAGCAAGAAGUGGACAAGGCCUUACAGAGCGAGAACGGACGCUGGGAUCUUUUCCUUCGAUUUCUUCUGGGUCUCACACUGAAGUCAAAUCAAACUCUCUUACAAGAUCUCAUGAGAAAGACAGUAAGCAGCUCUCACAGCAGUCAGGAAACAGUUGCUUACAUUAAAGAGAAGAUCAGAGAGAAUCAAUCUCCAGAGAAAUCCAUCAAUCUGUUUCACUGUCUGAAUGAACUGAAUGAUCAAUCUCUAGUGCAGGAAGUCCAAACAUUCGUGAACAGAACCGGUGUCAGUCGUCUCUCUGGAGUCAAUCUGUCUCCUGCUCAGUGGUCGGCUCUGGUGUUUGUGUUACUGAACUCAGAAAAGGAGCUGGAUGAGUUUAUAUUGAGUAAAUAUGAUCCAUCAGAAGAAUGUCUACUGAGACUCCUGCCAGUGGUCAAAGCAUCCAGAAAAGCUGAUCUUUCCGGUUGUGGUGUUACAGAUGAAGGUUGUGUUGCUUUGGCUUCAGCUCUGAUAUCAAACCCCUCACAUCUGAGAGAUCUGAAUCUGAGCUGUAAUAAACCAGGAGAUUCAGGAGUGAAGCUGCUCUCUGAUGUACUGAAGGAUUCACGCUGUAAACUGGAGAAACUACAGCUGAAUAACUGCAGUAUUACAGAUGAAGGUUUUGUUGCUUUGGCUUCAGCUCUGAGAUCAAACCCCUCACAUCUGAGAGAUCUGAAUCUGAGCCGUAAUAAUCCAGGAGAUUCAGGAGUGAAGCUGCUCUCUGAUCUACUGAAGGAUUCACGUUGUAAACUGGAGAAACUACAGCUGUGGGACUGCAGUAUUACAGAUGAAGGUUUUGUUGCUUUGGCUUCAGCUCUGAGAUCAAACCCCUCACAUCUGAGAGACCUGAAUCUGAAUGAUAAUAAACCAGGAGAUUCAGGAGUGAAGCUGCUCUCUGAUGUACUGAAGGAUUCACGCUGUAAACUGGAGAAACUACAGCUGAAUAACUGCAAUAUUACAGAUGAAGGUUUUGUUGCUUUGGCUUCAGCUCUGAGAUCAAACCCCUCACAUCUGAGAGAUCUGAAUCUGAGCCGUAAUAAACCAGGAGAUUCAGGAGUGAAGCUGCUCUCUGAUCUACUGAAGGAUUCAUGCUGUAAACUGGAGAAACUACAUCUUACCAGUUGUGGUAUUACAGAUGAACAUUGUGUAGCUUUGGCUACAGCUCUGAGAUCAAACCCCUCACAUCUGAGAGAUCUGAAUCUGAGCUUUAAUAAACCAGGAGAUUCAGGAGUGAAGCUGCUCUCUGAUGUACUGAAGGAUUCAUGCUGUAAACUAGAGAAACUACAUCUUUCCCGUUGUGGUGUUACAGAUAAAGAUUGUGUUGCUUUGGCUUCAGCUCUGAGAUCAAACCCCUCACAUCUGAGAGAUCUGAAUCUGAGCUGUAAUAAUCCAGGAGAUUCAGGAGUGAAGCUGCUCUCUGGUGUACUGAAGGAUUCACGCUGUAAAGUGGAGAAACUACAGCUGUGUGACUGCAGUAUUACAGAUGAAGGUUUUGUUGCUUUGGCUUCAGCUCUGAGAUCAAACCCCUCACAUCUGAGAGAUCUGAAUCUGAACUGUAAUAAUCCAGGAGAUUCAGGAGUGAAGCUGCUCUCUGAUGUACUGAAGGAUUCACGCUGUAAACUGGAGAAACUACAGCUGUGGGGCUGCAGUAUUACAGAUGAAGGUUUUGUUGCUUUGGCUUCAGAUCUGAGAUCAAACCCCUCACAUCUGAGAGAUCUGAAUCUGAGCCUUAAUAAACCAGGAGAUUCAGGAGUGAAGCUGCUCUCUGAUGUACUGAAGGAUUCACGCUGUAAACUGGAGAAAUUACAGCUUUCCAGUUGUGGUAUUACAGAAGAAGGUUGUGUUGAUUUGGCUUCAGCUCUGAGAUCAAACCCCUCACAUCUGAGAGAUCUGGAUCUGAGGAAUAAUAAACCAGGAGAUUCAGGAAAGAAGCGGCUCUCUGAUCUAAAAAUGGAUCCAAAGUGUAAACUGGAGAAAUUACUUAUUUGACUUCUAUCACUCAAUGGUGAAAACUUCAAGACCUUCAGCUGGUGAAUCAAAAUAUCUGUUGUGUGUCCUGAACCUCACAAUUAGCUGAACAAACACAUUUAUAUGAAUCCAUUUACAAGCCAAAGACUUCUGUUAUAUCAACAUAGAUAAAAAUUUACUAAAAUAUGAAUCUACUGUAUGUGCUGUCAGAGUCUUACCCUAAUUUGUUGUUGGUUUUCUCCUCAUCUUUUCUGUUAAUUAAUAAUUAAUAGACGUUGCAUCAUCACGGUGCGCGGCACGGCUGCAAACUUAAAGCAUGUUUUAGUUACACUGUAUGGGAGGUGUUCAAUUAUGACUCCCUGGAUGAAAUGUCUACAUUGAUAACACAUUACAUAGAUGUUUAUGUGCAGACAGUGAUAACCUCUAAGAAGAUAAAGAUUUAUCUGAAUAACAAGAAAUAUAACCAAAGAUGUUAAACAGGUGAUGCAUUUGAGGAAAAGUGCCUUUAAGAAGAAGGAUACAAAACAAAAUAAGUGUUUGAUUAAGGAGUUAAAGGGAAAAUUUGUAUGGAAAGAAGGACAUACAGGUUAAAACUAGAAGAUGCCUUCAAAAGUAAUAAUACAAAGCAGGUCUGGACUAUGAAGGGAAUGACAGAAUUAUCAUUCAACCACACAGAAGCCAAUAGUUGUGGAUCAUGAGAGGACUUAGAUUUGAUAAAGGGAAAAUUCUGGAUAAGAGCAAGAGUUUUAUUAAUUCAGUUUCACUAGAGGGGUCAAGUAGGAUUGAGAUCACGGUUCAGCAUGUGAGGAGUUAAAAAAUUAAAUAAAAGGAAGGCCACAGGACCAGACAAUCUCAGUGCAUUUGCUCUGAAAAAUGUUGCAGAUGAGCUUGCAUCUGUGUGACAGCUUAUUUUUCAGAGGUCUUUAGACACUCACAGCAUUCCCAAAAUGUGAAAGAUAUCACAUGUACCUCUGCCAAAGAAAGCAGAAUUAAGUGAUUUUCCCCCGUAGGUUUAACCACUAUUAUUAUGAAAACUUUAGGAGAGAUUGUGGUAAAAGUGCUUUUGAAAACAGUAAUUGGAACAUGUACAGUAUCUCUUUGUGGACGCUAGUUUAUCCUGGAGUGCACAUAUAGAGGAUCUCUGCUGUGAAGAACAACAACCAUACAGUGACAAUGUGCUGCCAGAGCAAUGGAGAUAAAAUAUUUAUGUUGAAUUGUAAAUGUUUAUAUUCAGAUGUACGUUGUUUCUUUAGUUGAUUAGAUGUAAUAACUGUGAAUCAUUGUAACAUUUGUUUUAAUUGAUAUAAUCAUGUGUGGAUUUUUUUAGAGCAAUGUAAGUAAAACCGACAACUUUGCCAAAGCUCUGUAAUCGUAUUUGUGUCAAAUUAAAAUUGUGCAUUGA